CCAAUGGCACCCAAAGCCGAGAAGAAGCCCGCCGAGAAGAAGCCUGCCGAGAAGACCGUGGCGGAGAAAGCCCCGGCGGAGAAGAAGCCCAAGGCCGGCAAGAAGCUCCCCAAGGAGGCCGGAGCCGCCGCCGGAGACAAGAAGAAGAAGAGGAGCAAGAAGAGCGUGGAGACCUACAAGAUCUACAUCUUCAAGGUUCUCAAGCAGGUCCACCCUGACAUCGGGAUCUCCAGCAAGGCCAUGGGCAUCAUGAACAGCUUCAUCAACGACAUCUUCGAGAAGCUUGCUCAGGAGUCGUCCAGGCUUGCAAGAUACAACAAGAAGCCGACGAUUACUUCUCGGGAGAUUCAGACUGCUGUGAGGCUUGUGCUUCCUGGUGAAUUGGCCAAGCAUGCCGUCUCUGAGGGGACUAAGGCUGUGACUAAGUUUACAAGCUCUUGAAUGGUUGUGGGUUCUAGAAUGGCUUUGGUAUCAACUUAGUUAGUAAUCUGUUUAGAUGUAGUUUCUGAAUCUACUCUUAGAUAUGUAAUUUCUUUAUUUUCCAAUGAAAUGAAAGACGAUGGUUUCAUAUAA